AGCCAUUUUGGCUCAAGCUUGUGUUUCUUGCGGCAGCCUUCAAGGUUGCCUGCGCUGGAGCGCCAUAGCAGUUUUGACAGUCCACUGCCUCUGCUUUCGCAGUCAUGAGCAGCAGCGGGAGCUUCCGGUUCUUGAACCUCAUCAAGCCGAUGAUGUGCGUCUUACCUGAGGUGCAGGCGCCAGACCGGAGGAUCCCCUUCAAGGAGAGGAUACUGUGGACCUCGAUCACCCUGUUCGUGUUUUUGGUUUGCUGCCAGAUCCCGUUGUACGGCAUCGUGACAUCUAAGUCCGCGGACCCCUUCUACUGGAUGCGGGUGAUUCUGGCGUCCAACCGUGGCAGCCUGAUGGAGCUCGGCAUCUCGCCGAUCAUCACCUCGGGCAUGGUCAUGCAGCUGCUGGCGGGCAGCCGCAUCAUCGACGUGGACCAGAGCCUGAAGGAGGACCGCAACCUGUUCAACGGGGCUCAGAAGCUUUUCGGCAUGCUCAUCACCAUGGGCGAGGCGGUAGCCUACGUCAUGAGCGGCAUGUACGGGGACCUCCGCGAGCUGGGCGCUGGGAACGCCCUGCUGAUCAUCUUCGAGCUCUUCUUCGCUGGCGUGAUCGUGCUGCUUCUGGACGAGCUCAUGCAGAAGGGGUACGGCAUCGGAUCGGGGAUCUCGCUGUUCAUCGCUACCAACAUCUGCGAGAGCAUCAUCUGGAAGGCGUUCUCCCCCACGACGAUGAACACGGGCAAGGGCACGGAGUUCGAGGGUGCUAUCGUGGCGACUUUCCACUUCAUGGCGUCGAGGAGCGACAAGGUGACAGCCUUGAGAGAGGCCUUCUACAGACAGUCUGCCCCGAACCUGACCAACUUGUUUGCCACCGUCCUGGUGUUCUUCAUCGUGAUUUACUUCCAGGGCUUCCGUGUGGACCUGGGUGUGAAGUACCAGAAGAUCCGCGGCCAGCAGGGGUCCUAUCCGAUCAAGCUGUUCUACACCUCGAACAUCCCCAUCAUCCUGCAGACGGCGCUCGUAUCGAAUCUGUACUUCUUCUCGCAGCUGCUGUACCGGCGUUUCAAGUCCAACAUGCUGGUCAACCUCCUAGGCCAGUGGCAGGAGAUGGACUACGGCGGCCAGUCGAUCCCUGUGGGAGGCCUUGCGUACUACAUGUCGCCGCCCCGCAACGUCUCCGACAUUUGGGAGGACCCGCUCCAUGCCCUCUUCUACGUGGCGUUCGUGCUCCUCUCAUGCGCCCUCUUCUCCAAGACGUGGAUCGAGGUGUCGGGGUCGUCCCCCCGCGACGUGGCGAAGCAGCUGCGCGACCAGCAGAUGAUGUUCAAGGGGCACCGCGAGAGCUCCCUCGUGCACGUGCUCGAGAUGUACAUCCCCACGGCGGCCGCCUUCGGCGGCAUGUGCAUUGGCAUGCUCACCAUCGUCGCAGACUUCCUCGGCGCCAUCGGCAGCGGCACGGGGAUCCUCUUGGCGGUGACCAUCAUCUACCAGUACUUCGAGAUGAUCUACAAGGAGAAGGAGCAAGGCAACAUGCUCUUCUGAGCGCCGCGCGCACGAGGAGUGUACAGUGGCCAAGCCGGCGGAGGUGCGGCGUUGGAACUUCGCGUCGUCGUCGAUCGAGGCUCGAGGAGGAGUAGGAGGAGGAUCCGCGGAUUGCAGGGCUCGGUCGUUCAUUGAAUCGGCCUCACACGGCCCUCGCCCUCCGCUUGGGCGCCAGAGAUUGGCCCCGGCCGUCCCCGCGGCCUGGGGGGCGAUGAGGCCGCCGAGUGAGCAGGCUUUUUCCAUCGCUCACGACUGCUAUUAUGCACUGCUGCCUCCUCCUGCCCCCCCCCUCCCCUUUCUCUCUCCCUCUCUCCCUCUCUCCCUCUCUUUCUUUCUCUUGCCUACUCCUCUUCCUCCUUCUUCCUCCCUAUCCCUUUACCAUCGCUCACGAAUAUCAUCUUUCAUUAGCUCCCAGUACGAACGCUGGCGUCCAGAGCUUUGACGACAAACA